UUUAUGUAUAGUAUUUACAUUUGGCUGGACAUGACUUACACACAGCGAUGAACAGCUACAGUCAGCUGAUAGCGUUUGUGUGUACAAACCCCACAUCUGCCUAAACAGGGAGAAGGGGUUAGCAGAUGCAAUUUAGAUGUGCACACAGAUGAGAAAAGGGGAGGGCAGGAGGGAAAAGUUGAAUAUGAGGGGGAGAGAUAACGUGAUGGGAGGCAGGAUACGAGGGGGGAGGGUGGCCAGCACACAGACCGAGAGCAAAAGAGGGAGCGAGAGGAAGAAGGGGAAGGAACAGAAGGACGAGACGAGGAGCACUGUGGACGAGGCUGAGCUGGAGCAUGCAGCGGGACGUGCAGGCAACAGCCCAAAAUAGAGCCCUUGUGUUUUUUAUUCUACCUCUUCUCCUUCUCUUCCUAUGCUGUGUGAGACAAGGGAGAAGUUUCAUAGAGGAAACUUCACUGCUGGAUACAGAGCAGUGAGAGGACAGGGACAUGAACCCAGGAGGGUCUGUGAGAAAUCGACUCUCCUCUCUGAGGGGGGCAUGGCGAUGGAGUACGGGCUACCUUUUCAGGAAGGGCUCAACAAAAUCCUCCAAGAGCAUGGAGUCAAGGCGCAGACCAUCGAGGAGUGCGAGUCUGCUGCAGGCCCUGGAGGAGAACUAUGAGCUGGACCUGAUCUACAUCACAGAGAGAAUCAUCUCUGUCUCCUUCCCUAGUAGUGUGGAAGAGCAAAGCUACGCUGCCAACCUGCGGGAGGUCGCCUCCAUGCUGCGCUCCAAGCAUGGCCACAACUAUCUGCUCUUCAACCUCAGUGAGAAGCGUUAUGACAUCAACCAACUUAAUCCAAAGGUGUUGGAUUUUGGUUGGCCUGACCACCAUGCUCCAGCCUUGGACAAAAUCUGCAGCAUCUGCAAGGCCAUGGACACUUGGCUGAGUGCAGACAGCCACAACGUGGUGGUCAUACACAAUAAGGGCAACCGGGGCAGAACUGGAGUUGUGGUGGCAGCCUACAUGCAUUAUAGCAACAUAUCUGCCAGUGCCGACCAGGCUCUGGACAGGUUUGCCAUGAAGCGCUUCUAUGAAGACAAAGUGCUUCCUGUGGGCCAGCCAUCACAGAAGAGGUAUGUGGAGUACUUCAGCGGCUUGCUCUCUGGGAACAUCAAGAUAAACAACAAACCCCUAUUCCUUCAUCAUGUCAUCAUGCAUGGUAUCCCCAACUUCGAGUCUAAAGGAGGUUGUCGUCCUUUUCUCAAAAUCUACCAGGCCAUGCAGCCCGUCUACACAUCUGGGAUCUACAAUGUUCAGGGAGACAGCCAGACAAGCAUCUGCAUCACCAUCGAACCAGGUCUUCUUCUGAAGGGGGACAUCCUGCUCAAGUGUUACCACAAGCGCUACCGUAGCCCAUGCCGAGAUGUGAUAUUCCGGGUACAGUUUCACACCUGCGCUGUUCAUGAUCUGGGGAUUGUCUUUGGGAAGGAUGAGCUUGAUGAGACAUUCAAGGAUGACAGAUUUCCAGAAUAUGGAAAAGUGGAGUUUAUUUUCUCUUUUGGGCCAGAGAAAAUACAUGGUCAAGGUAUGGACCACCUGGAGAAUGGGCCGAGCGUCUCGGUUGACUACAACACACAGGAUCCCCUGAUCCGUUGGGACUCCUAUGAAAACUUCAAUCAGCUUUCUCAGGACACCACAGAUGAAGUCAUCCAUACCCAAGGACCACUGGACGGCAGCCUCUACGCCAAAGUUCGCAAAAAGGAGUCUGCUGAAGGAACAGUCACAGCGAACGGCCUUACACCCACCGCCGCUGAGCAUGCCCUACCUGCAGUUGACCAUGCCUUAUCAGUGAGCAGCGAUUCAGGAAACUCUACUGCCUCCAUCAAAACUGACCGAACUGAUGAAGCUGUAGCAGCCCCUCAAGUUUCCACAGUGAGCCAGAUGCACGCUCCUGCAGGUGAGGAGCCACCCUCAGCCCAUCACCCCACCCCACCUGCACAACAGUCAAUCAGUCCCCAAGAGAAACAGGAGCUGGAACAACUGCUGAGUGGUUUGGAGGGACCCAUGUACCAACAGGGCUACCUGUCCACCCCAACAUCUGCUGUUGGAGGGAUGCUUCACUUCGUGCCUGUCCAGGUCCAUGUCAAUGGGCACAGUAACGUUGACCGUGAAACAGAUAUUUUAGAUGAUGAGCUACCUACCAGUCAGGAGGGCAACAGUGUGGAUAGUCUAGGAACAUUCUCCUCUACCGAUGGUCGGGCUACACCAGCUGAUCUCUACUACCAGUCUGAGUCACUUCAUAAUGGCCAGGACCAUGUGCCAUAUUUGGAGCGCAAUGUUCCUGAAAAGCCUCUGGAAACCGUCCAGCCUCAGGUUGGUAUAUCUGAUAAACCUGCCACUUUGAUUCAAAGUGAUUCAGCCCCACGCUCAAGUAAUUACAUGACCAACCAGAAUGGCAACCUGUACCGCUCUCAGUCAUUUGGUGCAGAGCCAGAGUCUAUGCCACAAGCUCCCACUCGCUCCACCAGUAGCAAGGAAGCCGUGCAACGUGGUCUCAAUGUUUGGCAACAGUUUGGUGUACCUGAGGAGCCGGUCACUGAAGGCCUCACCUUUAGUCCGCCUCCUUCUGUAGCAGCAAUGCCCAGCCACCAUAGCCUCCCACAGUUUCCUCAUCGCCACAGCGCCUCCCAACAAGAGAUUGAGCAAUCCAUUGAGACACUUAAUCUUCUCAUGUUGGAUCUGGAACCAGGCCGUCCGCUGGUGUCAAAAUCCCAAAGUGCUCCACUGCAGGAAAACAGCACUGUAGUGACCACGCAGCCGUCCUUCUCCCAGAGCCAAAUCAGGCCGUCCUAUCGGGAUGAUGCCAUCAUUCAAACCCGCUUUUCUGGUCCCUUGUCCAAUAUGGCCAGCCACUCGUCACCUGGGAAGCCCAGUACACCAGAGCCUGCCCCUGUCCAGGGAUCUCUGAGUUACACCUCUGCAACUGCUGUCACUAGUCCUCCCUCACACGAUUCCCAUGAUGCAGCUGGGCAAGUCCAGCUCAAGCCCAGCAAAACGUACCCACCAGGCACAAUGUCCCAAUCUGCAGAAGCCCCUGAGCCCCAGAGAAGCUCUAGUGCUGCGUCAGCAUCACCCCUGAGAGACAGCGAGCCCGAUGAAGUUUUCAGUGUUGAAGGUCUGGUGGCCCAAAGAGUGGCUGGUGUCCAAGCCCGCGUGGUGUCGUUGGACGAGCCUGAUACUCUGCCCCGCCAUCGCAUCACCAGUGAUGGCCAGUAUCAGAAUGGUCCUGAUGACAGCUCCUCUCCUGAUGUCCCAAUGCGUUCCCCCAUUCGCUGUGUUUCUCCAGAGUUUGUCAACGCUAUAGCGAUGAACCCUGGAGGACGGCCUAAGGAGAGAAAUAUGCACAGCUACCGGGAGGCCUUUGAGGAACUGGAAGGAGGUCCGAUCAGUGCUACACCCACAGUUGGUGGUGAGGUGUUUUCCCAAACCCCUGCCUUCCCCAUCUCGCCGCAAACCCCUUACUUCAACCUGUGUCGAUCCCCUCCUGGUCUUGCCAAGACUCCACUGUCAGCACUGGGGCUGAAGCCCCACAACCCAGCAGAAAUCGUCCUGAAUCAAACAGGCUCAGAUGAUGAGAACAGUGAGGGGGAGGAAGCACCAAGAAGCUACGUAACUUCUGUUGCGAGGUCAGCAAUAGCAGGUGGAGAGCCGCCCACGUCACCCAAGAGCCUUUGCCCACCAGAAGAGACUAGAACCCAACAGAGAAGUCCGAGUCCAUCAUCAUUGAACCCACCUUUGUCCAGCAGCAGUCCCAUCCAGAGCUCACAGGGUGACCACGCCUUAGCAGAGAUCAGUGUUAGCACACUGUCCCAACCCACUACUGAUUCAGGCUUCCGCUCCCAGACUUCAGAGAGUGCCUACCCAACUCCCACCCUGUCAUAUCAAGCCCUGAAUACUCCCACCUCUUCCUACCUGGAUUCCAGCUCCCAAGCCUCGUCCUACCUUGGUGCUGCCACCCCUACACUGUCAUACUCUGGCCCAAACACCCUGUUGGGGAGCUCUGUGUCUUCAGAUCCCAGCCUGCCCACCUCGGAACCUUCCCAAAUCACACUCAGCCAUGAAAGUCUCCAUGCACAGCACCGGACCAACAUCCUUGGCUCCUCACACAGUCCCGUCCUCCAGCAGCGCUCAAUGCCUAAUCAAGGCAGUUCCAUCAUUACUCAGAAAAUGCCAGCUAAUGGCUUUGAUGUAGGCAUGCCAGGUCUCAGUGGCAGUCCUAUCCUCAGCCAUAAUCUGUGUCAGGGAGCUCAGAGUAGCCCGGUGCUCAGUAGACAGGCCUCUUUAGGACAGGAGUCUCAGCGGAGCCCAGUCCUCAGCAGACAGCCAUCCUUGGGCCAGCCCAUUCAGAGCAGCCCCGUUCUCAGUCGACAGCCUUCUAUCCCACACCCUCAAGGAAGUCCAGUUUUGGGCCGUCACCCAUCCAUUCCACAGGUGUCCCAGAGAAGCCCCAGUCUGGACCAUCACCCCAUGCACAGCGGUUACACCACCCCAGAUGAGAGACAUAGGAACCUGUCAAGACAGAGCAGUUCCUCAGGCUACCAUGGUCCACCAACACCCUCCUUCCCCGUCUUGCCUGCAGGGUACCAGGAUGGGGGGGUGGUGGGGAUGGGUGCAGGAUUCAGGCAGGGUAGCCCAGCACCUGGAUUCCAGCCCCAGCUUCCAGAGAAGAGGCGCAUGUCAAGCGGUGACAGACCAAACGGAGCGCUGCCCUAUGGAACACUGAAUGGGAAGAUCAUGUCCCCAGUAAGUGGAGGAAGCACUCCCAGCUACUUCCACACCCUCUCUGACUUCUCCAGGUUCAAUAUGCUCGAUGGAAGUCCUGAGAGCAAGAUUAAUGUCAAGUUUGUCCAAGACACAACCAAGUUCUGGUACAAGCCAAAUAUUUCCAGGGAUCAAGCUAUUAGCCUGCUGCGAGAGAGGGAGCCCGGAGCGUUUGUUAUCCGAGACAGUCACUCAUUCAGGGGGGCUUAUGGCUUGGCUAUGAAGGUUGCCUCUCCCCCGCCCUCCGUGCAUCAGAGCAAGAAAGGUGACAUCACCAACGAGCUAGUGAGGCACUUCCUGAUCGAGAGCAGCUCUAAAGGAGUGAAGCUGAAGGGUUGUCCCAACGAGCCUUACUUUGGCUGCCUUUCUGCCUUGGUCUACCAACAUGCUAUCACACCGCUGGCCCUGCCCUGCAAACUAAUCAUCCCUACCACAGAUCUCAUUGAGGAAGCGCCAGAGGAUGCAACAACGAAUCCACAGGCUGAACAGCUGAAACAAGGAGCAGUGCAGAGGGCCCCUGCUGAUUCCCAUGCAUGCAAUGUGCUCUACAUCAACUCAGUGGAGAUGGAGUCCCUCACAGGUCCUCAGGCUGUUGCCAAGGCCAUAUCCGAGACACUGGCUGCUACUUCUCCCCCUGCUGCCACCAUUGUGCACUUCAAGGUGUCUUCACAAGGCAUCACACUGACUGACAACCAGAGGAAGGUUUUCUUCCGACGCCACUAUCCUAGCAACACUGUCACGUUCUGUGAUAUUGACCCUCAGGACAGAAAGUGGAACAAGCCUGAGGGAGGCACAGCCAGACUGUUUGGGUUUGUGGCACGUAAGCAGGGAAGCACAACUGACAAUGUCAGCCACCUCUUCGCUGAGAUGGACCCUGUCCAGCCUGCCAGUGCCAUCGUCAACUUCGUCUCAAAAAUGAUUGCCUCGCAGAAACGGUGAAAACCUUCAGCAAACCCUGGCGCUUUUUAAAAACAUACCUUUGGUUAUUUCCUUUUCUUUUAACUACAGACACUUUCUGGUUUGGACAAUUUAGCAUUUAGCAUUCUGCGUCACCUUAUGUUUCCUGCUCUUUUACCUUUAAGCAAAUGUGUGCCUGUGUGUGUUUGUGUGUAUAAGUGAAUGAGGAAGAAGAAGGCAGCAUCUGUGCAUGUGUGUGUGUGUUGUGUGUGUGCUUGUGCUUUUCUUCUUGGAUGGACACCAGAAUGGACCAGAGAAUGUGCAGGAAGGGCGUGGCUGUGUGUGAUUGUGGGAUGGGAGGUGAUGUUAAUCUCCCUAGCAGGGUAACUCGUUAACAGGAAAGAGGGAAUAAAAUUAUGUGUGCAAAUGGUUUUGUUUUGCAAUUGUUUCAUUUUUAUUAUUUUUUUAAAGAAAAAGUCAAGUUGAGUCAUGUACAUGUGGAUUGUAAAUCUAUCAAGCUUUUGCCUGGUCAACCAAAGAUUUUUAAAAAAGUAGUCAGGGCGUGUAAAGUGCGCCACUGUCAGAGGGAUCUUUUGUAAAACAAAUAUGGCUGCUUAAUCAAAAAUACUGAACUGUUUCUUUGUGUAUGUACUGAUACUGUAGGUCAAUUCUGCAUCGUGGCCAUCUUGCAAACUGUUUUCAGACAUUUUUGCAGCUGGUGAGGUUUAUGUAAAUAUUCUACAUUGCUUUAUGAGCAGAACUGUUCUAGAUAACAUUUGGUGACUGACGUUUUUUGCAAUGCAGAGCUUUUUUAAGAAAAGGAAGCUAAAGCUUAUCCAGGUUGUCAUAUAAUUGCAAAUAGCCAAACAUUAAAAUGAGGUCGUACUCCAAAAUUCCACUGGUCCUUCCCUUUUAGAUGUAGUAGUGUAGCUAAAGAUGCAAAUGUCAGACAAAACUGACUACACCUGGGUUUUUUUUUGUAGAUUCCCUGUAUCUGAACAUUAGUAAGAAGGCCACUGAAUCAUCGACAAUCAAGUCUCUUGAUCGUUUUGACGAGCUUCCUGUCGGUCACCAUCCUCUGGUCAGCCUCACUAUUACUCUAAUGACUGAAGGGCCAAAUUGUUUUAUGUGGGCGAGCUUUAUAGAAAAGUGUCGUCAUGCUAUACUGCUUUUCAGGUUUCUAUGUUGAAAGUUUGCGCCAAGAAAGAAGCUUUUUGCAUCAGCAGGCCCAACCUGUUAACACUCACACUAC